AUGGUUGUAAUAGAUACAAAUUUAAAAGUUGAAGAACAAUCAAUUCUAUAUCAUAUCAAUUCAUCAGAUGUAUAUAAUUUAUUGCAAGAUAUAUCAGGAUCAAAAUUAAUAGUGGAUUUAAGAUCAAAGGAGAAAUAUGAUGUUUCGCAUAUUAGAACAGCAAUUAGUUUACCACCUCCACCUUCACCAGAUUCAAAUACAAAUUCUACCAUCAAAUCAUUUAAUAUUAAUAAAUAUAUUGGCUCAAAUGCAACAGCAAAACAUUGGAAUUUAAUAUUUAAUAGAGUUGUAGUUUAUAGUGAUAAGCCAUUUCUAUAUAGUAUCGACGAGUUGGAGCAUUUGGACGAGUUUAAUUAUACUGGUAUUGUGGAUUUAAAAAGAGAAGAUUGGGAUCAUGUUUUGCUUAAAUACUUUUUGUCAAAAAGAAAGAAAACUAAAAUUAUGGUAUUCCAAGAUGGUUUCAACACGUUCCAUUCCAAUUAUCCAUUUAUGUGUAAUUCUUCCACUAUAAAAGUAACAGGUUCGCUCUAUCCAUCAGAAAUUAUCAUAAACUUUUUAUAUUUGGGUGGCACUGAAAAUGCAGCCACAAAAGAACAAUUACAGAAUUUAAAAAUUACACAUAUAGUUAAUAUGGCAUCAGAGCUUGACGAUGUUUAUCCACAUACAUACAAGUACUAUAGGGCAGAUUUAGAUGAUAGACCAAAGGCAAACAUUUAUCGACACUUUCAACCAGUUAUUGAUUUUAUAAAUGCAGCAAAAAGAGAAGGUGGCAGAGUAUUGGUUCAUUGUGCAAUGGGUAUUUCAAGAAGUACAACCGUGGUUUUAGCAUACUUGAUGAAAGAGGAUCAUUUAUCUUUCAAUGAUGCUUAUAAAUUUGUAAAAUCAAAACGUACUUUUGUAAAUCCAAAUCAUGGUUUUAUUACUCAACUAAAGGAAUAUGAUGCAUUUUUAAUUAAAGAAAGAGAAAGGGAACAUGAGCAACAAAAUGAUGAAAUGAAGAGAUUAAAACUUAAUAGU